AUGUCCUUUGCUGUGCGUGCUAACGUGUCCUUGUUGGCGUCCACCAGCAGCGCGGAACUCAACGCAAAACGAACCGAUUUGCAAACUGAGUUGAUUUGGAACGACAUUGAUAUCGCCUCCCCCGUCUCUCAGAUCGAAAACCACACAGAGUCACCUCCGUUCACAUCUGCCAUGGAGCACCCGAAGUACACGUUACCCGGCGUGAUGCACUACUUGCAAACCGAGUUCACCAACAUGGAAAAGUACAAGAUCUUGAACAACUUGGAGUUACUGGAAAUGAAGUUCAAGAUCGCCAAGCUUGAGGGUGACAAGGCGUCAUUGCUCAAGAUCAAUUCCAGCUUGAACAGGCGAAUCGGCGAGUUGGAAACCAAGUGCGAGAGUUUGACCAUGACCAAUCUAAAACUCAGCUCGGAGCACACUCCCGAGGUGACGGAAGAAAAGCCCGAGGACAUGGAUUUGCAUAUCUCGUACGUUGAUUUGGAUCCGAUCAGAAAGUCGCGCGACAGUCUAGCCCGGUCGAUGAAAGAGAUUGUGUACCUUUUAAAAACGCCCGCCAUCGACAACUACGACUUGCUCCAUCUCAACAAGGAGUUGGACUUUUUCCCCGUGAAGGAAGAGGGUGAGACCGAACCCAGCUCGUUUUACCAGGCCCAGAGCCACGAAAUUGCCGGUAACGCUCAGAAUAACGCUCAGACCAUCCGCCGGGACAGCUCCGGGGACUUUCUCAGCGAAGAGUUGAGGAGCUUGAACCGCGAGCACCCGAACCCCUACGACUCAAGCAUGGAGGAUAUUGAGCUCAGUUUGAACCGCGACAUCGAUAACCUCAGCCUCCACAGAGACAUCGAGUCCGACGCUGAGACCAUCGUCGAGGACAUCCCCCAACCGUCCGUCAGUGCAAAAUCCUCGCCCGUGAAAAAGAAGAAGCCGUUCGAGGACAUUAUCAACGGCAAGGCCAAGGCAGAGGACGAUAACGUCUCUCUGUCUUUCCAGGUUCAGGUUAAGGGAGAGGUGGCAGAGUCUCUGUUAUAUGUGGAUCACAACAGCCACGAGCUUGUGGUGGCGCGCGAGUCUGGUGCCGUCACCACGUGGGAUCUUCAGAUUACCCAGAGCUGUGCCCAUCGCGGACUAGAGCUUCCUACCGGCACCAACCGCGCCUCACUGACAGUUUUGUCGGCUGAUGGCCACUUUUAUGUCCUUACAGGCGACUCAGAGUUGCUUGUAUAUGCUAAAAACACCCUGGAACCGAUUGCCCGCACAAAACUCGAUCUUCCGGAGGACUCUUACAUCUCUGAUGCCUCUGUAGACCACCAUACCUCCUCCAAGAAAAAGUACUUGAUUUUUGUCAACCACGGAUCCCAGAUUUUGUUGAACGAAGUGCAAGUCGUGGGCCCUGGGGUGGAUGUUUCCCGUGCCAAAACGAUCGAUCUUGAGGAGUUGUCAAUCAGCGAAGAGGCCACGCUUAAUGAAAAGGUGUUGACAGCGAAAAUGUUGCCAUUUCUCAACCAGAUCAUUGUUGCAACCACCCAUCGUUACGUGAAGUACGAUCUAGACACCAGGACCAUGUCACAUGUGGUUCCCAGCAUCUACCAGGUGUCUUCGAACACCAUUCCAGGGGAGACAGCGAUGUUUUUGCGCGCAGAAAUCUUGGAUAACGUAUUGUUAGUCCAGACAACCAAGCACGAACUCAUUUCGUACAACUUGCUGACGGACACGCGGAUCUACAGUAAAACUUUUGCGGCCGAUUUUGACGCGGACCUUAUGGGGUUGUCACUUAUUGGCGGUGAUGUGGGAAGCGAAAACGGCGAGCGGGGGCCGGACGACUUUGUGGUGAUUUUGACACUCCAUGGAAAUGUAUUCCGUGUUUUGACGAGCAAAUUUCAUCUCAUUCACGAGUUUGUGUAUAAUGGGAAGACGAACCAGUUGUCGGUGCCCACGAGGGCUCUGGGAGUGGUAUUCAAGUCGCGCAAUGGGAAUAAGAAGGUUAAGGGGCCAAUGGAGAAGGAAUUCCCAAUGACGUUUAUUAGGGCCGACGGAGAUUUGUGUGCGUUGGUUAUGGCUGGUGUCGGAGGGAAGACUGUAGUUAACGUGUUCCAUAUCUAA